GGACGGGGAAUAAAAGGCUUGUAUGUCAGGUGCAGGAGCGUCAGAAACCAGUUGCAUACUACAGUAACUCACUAUCAGCUAACUCAACAACACCUUCGACAAACUCAUCAACUCACAAAUGGUUGACGGAAAAGAUACGAAGGGACCUCUUGAGGAGCCUCAACAAUACGAGACUCCUGCUGGACCUCCCCCUGGUGCAUCCAACCCACCUCUGGCACAAACAACUCCCACACCGGGCUACGCGACCUUCCCCGGCCAGCCUAUAGACCCGAGGUACAAUGUCUAUCCCGCCCCUGGCCCAGAUCCACUAGGCUACGUCCCCAUGGGGAACCGGAUCGUCCUCGACCUUCCAAACGGAGUCACCGUUGGCCCAGCAGUCUAUUACUACCCUAACGGCCUACCGGGCAUCCCUGGGCCACCUGUGCAAGACCCACGCGCGAUCUGCGCUGCCCAAGGUCAUGUCCGGACGACGACCUUCGGUAUCGUGGGCAUCUUGACUGCCAUAAUAUGUUUCCCUAUUGGGUUGAUAUGUUGUGCACUUGACCGGCGGGAAGUGUGCGCGAGGUGUGGGGAGGUGAUGUAUCAGGGCUGUUAGGUUGGUUUUUGAAUCGUUUUUUUUCUUCGAACCGCGUAUCUUGGUAGUGCCCUUUCAGAUGUAUAAUUUUUGUACUAAAUUCUGAAUCAGCGCAAUCAUACU